AUGUAUCAAGCCAUUGGUUGCAUAGGUAUUCACCUGUACACUGUCGCCGGAGAUACGUACAUCGAAUGUCUGUCGGACAGUAGUGUCUUUGUGCAGUCGAGGCUGUGUAGUGAGACCCACGGCUUCCACCCGACCACAGUUGUAAAGAUUCCACCAGCCUGCUCUCUCAGAGUGUUCAGUAACCGAGAGUUUGCGCGCAUCCUACACCUCACGGUUCCGCGGGGCGUGGAAGCUGUCUACGACAUCGUCAAGAUGUGUACCAUCCGUCUGAGCUUCGUCAAAGGCUGGGGUGCUGAAUACCAUCGGCAGGACGUCACUUCAACACCAUGUUGGAUUGAGGUUCACCUAAGGGGACCGCUCUUUUGGCUGGACCGGGUGCUACGUCAGAUGGGCCCGUCCCCGAAUCCUGUUUCUUCGGUGUCCUGA